AUGAGCCAAAUCGAUUUCGAGAGAUCCGAAAAAAAGCUACAAGCUGCUUUGGAUUCGGAUUUUAAUAAUCAGGAUAGCUCUCCUCGGACAACGUCUAAAAAAAAAUCUUCGUCGAUAAUGAGUAGUUCAAAUUUAGAUUUUCCCGACAAUGAAAAACAUUUUUCGACGACUUCGAGUGACAAAGAUUUAAAGAGCUCUGUGACCAAAAAAUCUUCCACAUCUUCCCAAAGCUCUCAGAGAUCGAAUCGACAAGAAAGAGAGGUUCCUAGUAGAUCAGAAAGAAACGUUAGUAAAAAACAAAGUUUGGAUUUAUUGGCUAAUCUACAUCAACCCUCUGCCAGACGUCAAACAGAAGAUAGAGAUAAAGAUAUAGUAGAUGCACCUCAAAUAGAAUUUAUAAAAUCUCGGGAUCGGCAGGAAGAAAUGAUACCCAAGGGAUCAAAAAUAAGAAAUGAUGAUCGAAUUCUGCAAGAGGAUCAUGCAAAAGGCGAGAAGCCUAAAUUAAGUUCCCGUCCAACGAAUAGAGAUUUAAAUGAAAUUUCUAAAAAAGAAACUAAAAUUUUUGAAGAGGGACCAAAAAUUGAGUCAAAAGAAUUGUUAGGAUUUUACGGGGAUCAAGAAGACGAUGAAGAAUAUCAAAAAAUGUUAGAAGAAAUUCAUCAAUGGAAACGAAAGAGAGUUAGGGCUCUCAAUGAAUGGAAGUCUAGUAGAAGGGAUAUGUUGAGAGACUGGAAGGAAUUUAAAAGUAAAACAUUUAUGGAUAAGUUGCAAAGCCUAUGGAAGAUAGAACUCAAAAGACAUAAUGAUUCCUUAGACGGAGAAAGGGACCGAUUAAAACGAGAAUGGGAAAGUAUGAAGUCUGAUUUUAUUGCUUUUGAUGAAACAAGGGUCAAGGCUAAGCAAGAAGAACUUUUCGUGAGAUGGACACAAGAUAGAAUAAAGAUUAUGAAAGAUUGGGAGGGCCAAAAAAUUGAUGCUUUAAAGAUAUGGAAUUACAUGAGGGAAGAACGAACUCGGUGUAUGGAAGAACACUGGAAAAUAUUUAAAAAAAAUAUUAUGAUGGAUUUCGAAAAAUCUCUUGAGAAGGCAUUGAAAGAAUGGGAAAAAGAAAAAAUUCUGAGAGAAAACGCAGAAAAAGAAAGAUAUGAAGCAAUGGAAGAAAAGAGAAAAGAGGAAUGGGAGGAAGCCAAGACCAAAGCUAUAUCCGAUUGGGAGCUCAGCAAGAGAGAAGUUUUGGAAGAAAACGGCAGAGACAAAGCCGACAAACUGGAGAGGGAAGCUAUGACUGAUUGGAAUAAAUUGAAGCAAACUAUCGUGAAAAGUUGGAAAGAGGAAAUUGGUCAAGUGUUCAAAAAAUUUGACGAUAAAAAGGAUGCGGCUAUUGAAACUUUUAAAAAAGAUUUCCCCGAUACGUUAUCGUUGGAGAAGGAAUAUAGAAAACAGCAGAGAGGUAACCAGCAAUAUAGCUCCAAAAAUGUAGAUGAUUAUGACAUCUUAAAAGAAGCCUAUCCACCUCGUUCAGAUUUUGGAGUGAAUAAUGGAAAUUCGAGACCGGGACGAGAGAAUCAAUACAAAGAUAUACUACCAAAAAGCAUGCUUAGACCUAAUGAAGUUGUAUCGGAAAAAAGAAUGAUGACGGCCAGAAUAGAUUUACCUGAACAUACCAAACAAAUUGCCAGCGAUAAAUCAACCUUUUCAAAUUCCGAUACCUCAGAUUGGGCCGAUUCUGAGGCUAAAAUAGAUAACGUUUUUGACAAUAAAAUACGUUCAAAGAAAGAUCAAUCUAAUUUGGAAGAAAAGGUUUACGAUAAAAGAAUAGCAGAACCGAGUUUCAAUUCGAGUCAGAUUAACAAGAAAACGAUUAAAUAUGAAAUAGAAAAAAAAUAUAUUGAUGACGAAUUUUCUCCCACAGAAUCUCCUUAA